UAAAAACCUCCCGUGUGACACUAUCCAUGGUUUUGCUCAGAAGCUUCCUGGGAUUCACACAAGCAAGCCUCUGUGCUCUGCUUACAACAGGCCUCCUCCUCCUCGUCUUCCCCCGCACAGACUCACGCGAGCAGGAUGCGUUUGGUGUGUACUUCGGGUCUCUUUUUGGCCCUGCUGCAUCUUUCCAACUCUCUGCUGCUGGGAGCCUUCAACAUCAAGUCAUUUGGAGACACGAAAGCCUCCAACACAACUCUGAUGAACAUCAUCAGCAAGAUUGUCCACCGCUAUGACAUCAUUCUUAUCCAGGAGGUCAGGGACAGCGAUCUGUCAGCAACCAAAAAACUCAUGGAGCAUGUCAACAAAGGUUCUCAGUUCACAUACGGUUACAUCGUCAGCGAGCCUCUGGGUCGCAGCACUUACAAGGAGAGAUAUCUGUUCCUGUACAGGGUGCAGAUGGUGUCCGUGGCUAAAAGCUACACCUAUGAUGAUGGCUGCGAGCCCUGUGGGACAGACACUUUCAACAGAGAGCCCUUUACUGUCAUGUUCUCCUCCAGAUAUACCGCUGUGAGGGACUUUGUUCUGAUCCCCCAGCACACCUCUCCAGAAUCCGCUGUGAAGGAAGUGAACUCCCUCUAUGACGUGGUGGCUGACGUCCGCGCACGCUGGAACACCAACGACAUCAUACUGCUGGGCGACUUCAACGCAGGCUGCAGUUAUGUGACGGGCUCUGAAUGGCAGCAGAUCCGCCUCUUCACCGACAAGAGUUUCCACUGGCUGAUCACUGAUCAAGCCGACACUACAGUGUCACACACCAACUGCCCUUAUGACAGGAUCGUGGUAACCACUGACAUGAUGAAAGGAGUGGUGCAGGGCAGCGCUCGGGUCUACAACUACAUGACGGAAUUAAAUCUCAGCCAGAGUCUGGCCUUGGCUGUCAGUGACCACUUCCCUGUGGAGGUGAAGCUGAUUGGCUAGACUCCUGCUGUCUGAAUCACGACUCCAACAGCUGCAGGCCGCCAGGCUGAAUCUGAAUAAUGAUUAUUCAGCGGAGGAACUCUCUCCAACAAUGAAUUACAAUACCACAAUAAACAAAUCUUCCAAAUUA